AUCGUGAUUUUGUAAAGUCCAUAACGACUUUCACAUGCGAUUCGAGGACUGACCAUCCGGUUAUAGAUCAUUACGCAAGGUACCUGAAUUGUCGCUGGAGAUCAGGGUAUCCUAUGAGCUCGGCCGAAUGCUAGGCAAUGGGAAAGUCGUUGGAAAGUUCGAAACAUUGUGGGAUGAGCUACUCGAUCAUGGAAACGAGCCUUUCGACAUCUCCUUCCCAUCCGUUGAUGGUGUUCACCCUUCCCUGACUCUGAAGGCCACGGUUCUACAUGAUUGUGACAAUCAAGACAGCGCACUGUUUGACUCCAUCGUUGAAUGUCAGAUUACUCAAGACACGGAUGCAGGCCAUGAACGAUUUGCCACAUACGUGACAAGCAAGACGGUCUCUCACCUGAACGAUGCUGUAAAGCAUUUUCAGUUGGUCCUGGACCAAUGUCCGGUCGGCCAUCCUCACCGGGCAGCGGCUCUCACCAACCUCGCAUGGGCCCGCCUUCAAGGCUACACUCAAAACGAUCUUCAAGACAUCGACUGUAUCACUUCUCUCUUCCGCGAGACCCUCGCAUUGCGUCCGGAGGGCCACCCCGAUCAUCCAUUAUCCAUCUAUCACCUCCUUAAAGCGUUGAUCUGGCGCUACGGCAAGGAGAACUUCAUCGCCGUCUAUAUCCAGGAAUCGGCACACCUGUCGUGCAAGCUAUUGCCCCUCUGUCCAGAGGGCACCUACCUUCGUAGCAUCGCGGCAGGGGCAAAUGGCGUCGAUUAUGUGAUCCGCGAAUGCAACAAUCUUCCAAUAGACGCAUCUGAUGAAGGCAUUCACCUUCGACGAGUCGUACUCAAGCUUUGUCCUUUGGGCAGCGCACACCGUCCGAAAGCACUCGACAAGCUUGCACGGGCAGUUGAAGCACGCUUUAACGAGUGCGGCACCAUUGAUGACCUAGCAGAGAGCAUACAACAUCAUCGUGAAGUCGUUUCGCUGUGCCCCGAGGGACAUUCUGAACGUGACACCUACCUGAAUAACUUGGCCGUAUCACUCUAUUACCGCUUCAAUCACCAAGGCAACUCAGAUGACCUCAAUGAGGCCAUCUCUUUGUAUGAAGAAGCGCUACGCCUGCGCCCUGUUGGGCAAAAAUUUCGUGAUUUCUCAUUGAACAGCCUAGGAACCGCCCUCCUCGCCCGUGUCAACCAACAUAGUGAUGUUAACGACAUCGUGAGAAGCAUCAGCCUUCAGCGCGAGGCACUAACAUUGUGCCUGCCUGGGAAUCUAUAUCGUGCUAACACGCUCAACAACCUUGCUGGCGCGCUCCUAGCCAGAUAUAACAAAUUGGAUACCAGUGAUGAUCUCGACGAGGCCAUCAACCUGUGCCGGGAUUCACUUCAGGUAGCGCGGCAUGAGCGUCAUAUCUAUCUUGUCGGUUUGAGCUAUGCGCUCUGUACUCGUUUCACGCAAACUCGGAAGAAUGAAGAUAUCGAGGAGGCCAUUCGACUCUGCCAAGAGUCGUUGGAGGCUUUGCCUUCACUGCACCCGGGUAGAUAUUUCAGCUACAUGAGGCUGCAGCAAGCCUAUUUGUCUCGUUACCGAGUACAAUGCAAGUCUGCUGACUUGUCACUCGCUGUAGAGAACUUUAGACUGGCAUCACGAAAUCCCACUACAGGAUUUCCGGACCGCAUCAAAGAGGCUAUAAACUGGGCCCGCCAAGCAGAGGUCUACCGACACGACUCUGCCCUCGAAGCAUACCAAACAUGCUUGGAGCUUGUUGACAACCACAUAAUGACGCGAUCAACGAUUAUCUCACGGCGCGAGGCUGCAACCGCUUUUCGCAGCGCCCAAUCACUGCCAGUAGAUGCAGCGUCAUGUGCCGUAUGUCGUGACAACCUGCGACAUGCAGUUGAACUAGUGGAGCAGGGUCGUGGCCAGCAGUGGUCGCUGGCCUCUCGGCUCAGGACUCCGCUGGAAGACCUGAAGCUUACAAGUCCGGAACUAGCUCACAGGCUCUCAGAGAUCAACAAGCGCCUGUCUGAUGCUCAGGGUUCUGCCGGCAGCGCAGAUCGAGCUGCUGCUGAUCGAGCAGCAAUACAGUACAGAACACUCCAGCAGCAGUGGGGAGCUGCGGUAGCUGAGAUCCGUAAUCUUAAAGGUUUCUCGCAGUUCCUACUCCCGCCUUCAUAUGAAGACUUGCAAGCGGCAGCACGCCACGGCCCAGUCAUCAUCCUCAUUGCGAGUCAAUACUCAUGCAGCGCCAUCGUUGUCCCGACGUCAGGAGAGCCACACAACGUUCAAUUCCCGCGUAUUACUCUCACACAUCUGGAGAAGCUCAAGAAUGACUUUGUGAGGGAGAUACGACUUGCAUCUUUUAUGCGCCCAGAGGAGACGAGGAAGGAAUUGCAAGUCCUCUUGCGGACAGUAUGGGACGAGAUCAUGCUCCCCAUCGUCAUCGUCCUCCAGCGUGAUCUCAGAGUAACGAACGGCUCUCGAAUCUGGCUGUGUCCAACUGCAACAUUCACUUCCAUUCCUCUCCACUGCAGCUCACCCCUUUCGAACGAAGGCAGACGGACGGCGUGAACUAUGCCUGGAGGACGUCUAUAUCUGUUCUUACACGCCGACACUUUCAGCUCUGAUCAGAUCUAGGCAGAUGAUGAAGAAACGUGCGACUCCGUCAUUCGUUGUAAUCGGACAAAGUUCACCGGGUGCAGGGCAAGGCAAGGCUCUCUUGACUGUUGACA